CACAGGGGUGUAUUAUACUUGCAUACACUGAUAGAAAUACAAAAUAAUAAUGGAAUAUUAGGUCCACUUUCCUAUAAUCCAAUUGUUUAGCAUUUAAGUAAGGAUUAAUUGGGUGUUUGGAACACGGUAGGCUUAGAAGUUAGAACAUGGAAAAAGAAGCAUCAGAAGUGGUCAACUUUGGGAAAUCUCUUCUGGUGCCAAGCGUACAAGAGCUAGUUAAGGAGUCCAUAACUCAAAUCCCUUCAAGGUAUGUCAGAGAGACCAACGACGCCCACCCGGUUGACCAAUCAUCGCCGUUAUCUGUACCCGUCAUUGAUCUUCAAAGAUUACUACUCUGUGAUUCUAUCAACUCUGAGCUAGACAAACUUCACUCUGCUUGCAAAGAGUGGGGUUUUUUUCAGGUGGUGAACCAUGGGGUGGACACUUCAUUGCUGGAAACAUUCAAGUCAGAGGUAAUUGGACUUUUCAAUCUUCCAAUGGAGGAAAAGAAGAAACUAUGGCAACAAGAAGACAAUCACGAGGGGUUUGGUCAAUUGUUUGUUGUAUCAGAAGACCAGAAACUUGAUUGGUGUGAUAUGUUCUAUAUGUUCUUGUCUCCUAACCUUAUACUUUAUAUUUUAGGACUUUUUGUUAGAAAUGACCUUUUAUCUAUUUCUAUGUGUUUUGUUCUUUCAUGGAAAACUGGAUUCUUGCCUAUGUAUAUGGCUGACUGGUUAUCACAAUGCAAUGUCACUGGUUUAAGAUUAGUAAUCCCAAACUCUUCCAAAAGUCUGACCAACCAAGUCACUUCUGAAGCAGCAGCUGCCAUGGCUCUAUAUUCAGCUUCUGAAGAGCUUUUAGAGACUGUCCCUUGUUUCUUUGACUUCCAUGAGACAGGAAUAGAAGAAGAAGAAAGAGUAGAAGGAGAUAAGAGAUCAGAAGAGAUAGGAGAAGUGUUAGAAGCAGAAGGUGAAGGAGAGAGAGAUGGAGAAAUAGAGGAAGUUGUAGAAGAAGAUGGAGAGAUAGUGGACUGUAUAGUAGAUGAAGAUAAUGGUUCAACAAUUGAGUACAUUGUUCAGCAGUCAGAAAUCCAGGUUGGCUUUGUUGUGGUUCCUUUUCUGGAGUGGAAACCCAUGCAGUUUGAAACAUCUUUCUGUACUGUGUCCAUUGACUUUACAAUGAUCACAGAAAUAGCUUGCCACUGGCCUUCUGAAAUUUGCAGACUUAUUUCCUCCAAAAUUUCCAUAAGCACUUCUUCCUGUGUUAGAAGAUUGUUGACCUCUGUAUCCACCUCUGUGAUAAUCAUUGUAUCUCCUUCUAUCAACAGCAAAUGCAUGAGAAUCAUGGUAACAAUGGAAGCUUACAUAGCAUCAAUGAAGAAUCUUGCUCAGACUCUCUUGAACCAAAUGGCUAAAGCAUUAGAGAUGGACAAGACAGAAAUGGUUGGGUUGUUCUCUGAUGGGGUGCAAUCAAUAAGAAUGAAUUAUUACCCUGUAUGUCCAGAGCCUCAAAAAGCCAUAGGCUUCACACCUCACUCAGAUGCAGAUGCCCUUACCAUCCUUUAUCAACUUAAUGACACCCAAGGCCUCCAGGUUAGGAAAGAUGGUAAUUGGGUGCCUGUUUUGCCCCUUCACAACGCUUUUGUGGUCAACAUUGGAGACAUCAUGGAGAUAGUGAGCAAUGGUAUAUACCGAAGCAUUGAGCAUAGAGCAACAGUGAACUCAACAAAAGAGAGGGUAUCAGUUGCCACAUUUUACAGCACAAACCUUGAUUCUGAAUUAGGACCAGCUAAAAGCAUCGUUGGUCCGCUUAACCCUCCACAAUUCAGAACCGAACCAGUGGGACAGUACUUUAAAAGGUUCUUUGCAAGAAAGCUCGAUGGAAAAUCAUAUUUAGAUGAUAUGAAAUUACGACAUAGGGGUACAUGACGUAUCUUAAUAACGAAUUUGAGGGUCAUUUUUUUUAAUUCGUUAUGCUUUGAAUUGAACCGAAUUGAUUUUUUUUUUUUUAACCCUUAUUGGUAUAUAGUUUGGAAUUAAAUUUGUCCCUCUUGAAAAAAAUAAAUUGGAGAAUGAAGUAUUUGCUUAUAA